AAUCAUCCCCCCGAAAUCCACUCCUUCUCUCUUGUCUCUCUUCCUCUCUUUGACUCCAUAGAUUUUCUUUUCCUUAUCGUUCACAUCCUCUACCUCAUAGAGUGUUAUUUCCCGCGCCGCUACCUCUUCUCCCCCGAACCUCGCAUCAUCUCGACUGAUCCAGAAUCUGGCCUGGUUCAGUCGCCUCUGUUGAUCCCGUUAACCCCGCGAGACCUUUUUAUGCAAUCCGAGCCCACCGCAGUUUCUGAGCAAACUCCCCCUACUGAAUCGUCCCCCAGAGAGUCCUUCAACCGUACCCAGCAUGGACAUGUUCUCUAUGGUGAUCAUCAAGUCUCUGGCCUCAUGGGGCAGGCCAGAGACCUGGAAGGCGUCUCUGACUCACCCAAGAGCGAUUACCCAUCGCCCAUGAACUCUGUGAGGACUGGCCCUUCAGCCCCCACAUCACCGGUCCUCGACCGAGUCAGUCAAUAUGAGAAUGCGAUGGCGCAGUCGCCUCAGAGACACACUGAGCUUAGCUUCAGAGUGACGCCCUCGUCGACUAAAUCGCGAUUGUCGUUCGACGCAUUCCCAAAUGAGGUUUUGACUCACAUUCUCUCGCACUUACCUCCGCCAUCCCUGUCAUCCAUGGCAUUGGUGUCCCGCCGUUUCCACAACCUCGUCACGACCCCUCACGCCUGGAGGACUGCAUUUUCGCGUUACUUCCCUGGACCAUAUGUUACAGAGAAUGGCAGUCGCCUACCCGCGGCCGAUCAACCUGAAAAGGUUAUCUCGGAUAAGCGCUUCUUUUCCCGGCUGACUGCGUUGGCAUCAUGGAGAUCCGAGUAUAUCCUGCGAACCCGCUUGUUGCGAUCACUUUCCAGAGGCAAACCGGCACAAUUCGAUCCUGUGAAAAGAAGUGGCACGGUUAGGUCUGCAAAUGUGCGCAACGGCAGCGCCGUCGUCACUUACACUUCCCAACUUUUGUACCCUGUCAGCCACCUAGCCGCAUCUUUUGGGAGCGAGGUGAACAAGAAACAACCUCUCUUCAUCCACGGUGCUUCAGAACAAGGAAUCGCAUCUGCGAGUGAUCCUUCAUCAGUCAGGGUAGGAACAUGGGGACUGUCGGACCACCAGCUAUUCCGGCAUUUCGCGGACCUUUUCCCCGGUGAGGCCGAAUAUGGGCUGGGCUCUGGGAAUAUGGUCGGCUUGCCAAAUUGCAUGGACGUUAGCCAGCCCUACGGCAUGAUCUAUGGCGAGGGAUGCCCCCAGGGGCGCAGCUAUUUCAUCUCGACCACGGAGCAACGCGGGCGAUUCUUAGGUCUUACAGAGUCCAUCUCGCAGCCGCCUUUAGGUAUUCCGGCUCUAAAUAUGAUCACAAAUGCUGUCACUGCGGUGUGGAUCGCCAAAUCCUCCAAUAUUCUUAAGAUGACUGGAGGUUUGGUUGCAAUGAUGUCCGGUACCUCUUCCGGAGUUCUUACAGCCUACGCCAUCGGGCCUCAUCCCACCUAUGAGCAACGAUUCGAGAGAGGCCAGGUGACUGCCAAAUGGGUUCUCUGUCCGGGAGUUCCGAUCAUUGCGAUUGCAGUCGAUAACGAUUACUCUGCCAAGCGUCACGCUCGUCGACGUGUCUGGGCAACGGCUCUUAAUGCUUUGGGAGAAGUAUUCUAUCUUUCAGAGUUGCCGCGCCAGCCUGAUCCUCCAUCAGCCAAGGUGAGCCCCGAGCAAAUCGAUAUGCUGGCAUGGAAAACCGGUAGGAGUGCUCGUUGGGAACUGGUUGAACUGAGUCGACGCACGGCGAGGCCCGAUCCCUACAGUCGGGAAUCUGUUGAUGGCAGCUAUAGUCCUAGGUCUUCGUCAGAUUCAAUGAAGCUCGAUGAGAAUCAGCUUACUGCCGAAACCAAGGAAAUUGAGCUAUUCAUGACAUUCAAGCCGAAACAUUUCCGAAAAGUUUGUGAGGGCUGGAACAUGAGGUGCGAGAUGCAAGUCGACUUCGCUGGCGACGAUAGCCAUGGGGCUGGUGAGUCCGUUACCGUAAUUGCUCGGGGUGUCGGGGAAGACGAGACAGCUUCGGUUCGCAGAUACACCAGAAAAUUGACGAAAGUCGAAAUACCACCGUCGCCUUCUGGAACGUAUCAAGUCGGCGAAAGCACCAGCGUUGCUUCAUCUCUAUUCGGUGGUUCGACUGAAUUUUCUUCUCUAUCCUCCCUUGCUAAUACACCGAGCAUGCCACCUUCGCGUGCCUCGAGUCACCUUGGUGCAACAGUCUGCUCCACCGUGAACACGGAAUGGCUUAUAUCAGAUCUUGUUUUUGACGAUCGCAAGUCGGUUGAAAUCACAACAAGUGCACUAGACCUUUCGACCUAUGCCGUACUGACUCCUGAUGAAGAUCCCCUUCUUGGCAUGUCUGGGAGCUCGGCACUUUCCUCGAUCAUGUCGUCGCCAAUGCCACACAUGAAACAGCCGUCGUCGAUCUCUGGCAUUCCUGGACAACGUGGACGCUACAUGGCUGUUGGUACGGCUACCGGGGAAGUUUUUGUCUGGGACAUACGCGCUCCUACGGCGAAGAACUCGGGUAUCAUCAACUUUAUCAACCCAAUCCGCAUUAUCCAGACAGACUCCCCGCAGGUGUCCAGUGUUGCGCUCACCUCGCUCUAUGUCGUGCACGGUGGUAAUGACGGGCUUGUACAGGCUUGGGAUCCUCUCGCCUCCUCGACUCGACCGAUCCGAACCAUCAACUCGCGCUUUUCUUCUCGCGCACGUCGUCGCCUAGUCCAGGCAGAGGCUUCCAUUCACGGCGUUGGAAACAAUUACUAUGCUAGUGGGGCUAUAUGUUUGGACCCCGAUCCUACGGUAUUAAGGGGGAUGGUCGCCCUCGGGUCCCACCUGCGCUACUGGUCCUACAGCUCAGACGCUGCAGAUCAGUACAAGGCUGGCAAGCGGCGAUUUCGCCGCGCUCGUCGGGGUAGCAAUUCUGCACCGGAAGGCCAACGCUUCAACAGCAGUGGCCGAGGAGCUCUGCAAGAUUUCAUUGAAGACGAAAAGGUAGAGAUGCAGCGACAGGAAAAAGCGGAUCGCAAGAAGAAGGCACACCUCAGCAACCGAUUCGGGAUCGAUUUGUUGGGGCCGGAUGUCAGCGAAGAGCAGCUUCUCGCUUAUGCGCAACUCCUGAGUGAGGAGGCCUUCGCUAGUGAGGCGCAGAAACGGGGCGAAGUCGUGCCUAGUUCUGUCGCUAGCUCCGCCUCUAGCGACACUAUCGGGCGGAACGACAGCUCGGUUGCCGCGGACGAAUUUUCAUCGUCCUCGUCUCCAUACGAGGAGCCCGUUGAUGACGAUCUUGCCCCCGACAUUGCUGAAGCGAUCCGCUUGAGUCUUCUGGAUGAGGGCCCUGGCCCCGGCGAACAGUACCCUGACAUUCCCAUCAAAUACGCCAAGGGGUCUCAAUCUAGUUCUGGCAGCUUUGUACUGUCGGAAGCAAUCGCUGAGAGCAGUCGACAGCAAGAGCUGGAUGAUUUGGAACUCGCCAUUCAACUCAGUCUUGCCGAAAGCCAGGCGCAGGAGCAAACAGAUGAAUUCCCAUCGCUCUCGGCAUGGGGGCAUUCUGAGCAAGGCAAGGGGAAGGGCCGAGCUUUGUAGUUUUGUAAUCGUUUACUCUGUACUUCUGUCUUCGGUUUGUACUUAAUAUUGUCUAUCUAUCUUUCAGUCAUUGUUCAUAAUCUACAAUUUAAUCGCAAUUCCAACAAUAUUAAA